CCCUCCUUACUCUCUACCUGUGUCCGCCUCUCUCUCCUACACUCAGUCUACCUUCAACCUCCCAAAGUUACCCUACUACUACUUUCUGCUAUUAUCAAAAGUCAUGCCUCCAGCUCGGACGGUAAUCCGUAGCAACACUGGUUUCUCUGAUCCGGCGGAUCUAUCCCUACAAGUACUGAAAGAUCUCUCAGUCGACAGUGUCGAAGAUUUCGGCUCAGUACUUCUUUCCAGUGUCAACUGGAACAAGAAAACUCUUGGCUGCCUGUCAGUUACUCUCUCCACAGACAACCUUAGAGUAGAGGAAGCCUCGUUCCACCUAAUUGGCAGUCUCUGGGACAAUAAAUCAUUCCAUGCGGCUUCCUUCUGGACAACAGUCAACCCUACUCAGUUAACUUUAUCUAUACCAGACCUCUCUAUCUUCACGUUCCCUCCUGGUACACUUUGCUCCAGCUAUCUAUCUUCGGAGGAUUGUCAGUACAGUUUCUCUCAAAAUGGCCAAAUAGUUCCUCCUAACCUAUACCAGGCUACUGGCUUGUCAGCCUUCUGCCUCAGAUUAUUCGUAUAUCCGACUUCUGACAGCUACGCUAAAGUUAUCAUCCUCAUCUAUCCGUUCCCUUUAACAGUUUUAGCGAGUAACCCUCUCUACCUGGACCAGAACUUUCCGGGCCUGAAGCUAGCGGACUACGAGUUUUCCUUAGCCCCGCCUGCUCUACUCUCCCCUAUCAACGAUACCUGGGGGUUUCCCCUCGCCCCAGCAGUGUUCCCUGGAUCCGAGUGGAGCGAAGACUCUGGUGUUCCGUCUGGUAUACGACUACAUAUCGCUUUAUCACAGCUACUCAGGUCACCUAUCCUCCCAGAAAUUAAAGCCAAUGUCACUGGCCUUAAGCAGCGCUACGCAGUAUUACUUGAGAAGGGUCCUAGUGCUUUUAAACCUAAGUUCCCAACCCUGAUCUGGCCCCCGGCUACUACUGUCCCGCCUACAGCUCUGCCUGCUCAAGGCAAUUCUAACGAUGACUAUGAUGAUGUUGAUAAUGAUGGGAAUACAAAUGAAGACGAUGCUGGACAUUACUCAGACCUGGAAUCAGAAGCACAAUCCGCCUAUUCUGAGCACAACUCCGACAGUUCUGAACAUAUUCCUGACCAGAAUGAACAGAUGUCUGAUAUAUAUUCCAACACGGAUCAACUACGUACAAAUCUCAUCUCUGAAAUAGGUAAACUAAAAAAUCCAAUUUAUGUUUAAUUAAUUUAUAUUUGGUGAUAUAACUCCCUAUACCUGAAUACUGCUAAUUAUUAACGUUCUACUUCUACCCAAAACAAAUAAUUAUCCAUAUACCGAACUUAUUUCCUCCUAGGUAGAUUUGUCAGACCACCUCUUGCCAGAAAGAGAAAGACUACUUCUAGUCGUGAUAAUACUCAGAACCAACUCUCCAAUGCUACAUCUAAGCAUGACCAGACUAACCGGUUAGUUAAUUUCUAACUUAAUUAUGUUUCAUCUCCGCUUACUCUUCCAGCAGCACAAAUACAACAUUUUAAGGGGGGGGGGGGGUUCUGUGUUCUUUAAAUUUUUAACCCCGUAACACAAUUCUUAACAAAUGAGAAUGAUUAAUGGUAUAUUAAACCUAUCACAACUACUUACAUCGGCAAAUCUUCAUGGUUUUUAUUAUUCUAUAUUCAGUGCAAGCAAACGGAGUCGGCACUCUGGUAAAUCUAAAUCAAAAAAGAAGAAGAAGAAGAGUGGUACUGCAGCUCCUGUGUUUAGCUCAGCUAGUUCUUCGUCCGACGACUCCGACCAGUCCUCCACUGACUCUGACGACGAUGACGAGGACCCAGGCAGCAAUUGGAACAUCCUCUAUAAUUAUUGGCCAGUGGAGAAGCGUCCCAUUGCCCUACAAAACAAGUCCAAGUUCAACCAGAUGCCUAUGGACCAACUACUCCAACUUGCCAAGUUUGACAGAGACAACACCAAGGCUGUGGAAUCUGACCUCACUUCCUCUUACACCAGGGAUAAAAAGCCUCUAGCAAUUAAAUACCCAGAAGCCAAGGAUGAUGGAUUCAAGAAGCUGCAUCCUGCCAGGUUCGAAAGGUUCCCUUUAGCAGAUAUCAAGGACUGGUGGAAAAAAGUCCCACGUGUGCGCAGCCACCAGUAUAAGAAUUUACCUCUUCAAUACAGCGGUACUCACAAUAAGGUCACUCUCCGCACAAUACAACAGAUGCAUGACCGGACCAAGGUACUAUCGUUUAAACAGUUCCACUCAGGAAAUAUAAAUGUUGGAUCUAAACCUAUUCAGAAGAUAGAAAAACGUGACGAAGCCGGAAUCACUUCUUCUUUAGAUUUCAACUGGGAAGCGCCGACCAAUCUAUCCCAAGUUUCCGACGCCUUGCUCAACUACUGCACCAUACUCCUUCACUUGUGGCCUCUUGAUCAGACAGGCCUCAUCAUCCUCAGAUUAGUAAACAAAUAUAACUAUUUUCCUUGUGCUAAUUCCCUUUCUGAACGUGUGAACCUAGUGUCUACAUUCUUCAACACUAUACUACGGGAGAAUGCUGCUAGAGCCGGACGCAGAGCUGUACCUAUGGACUUCAAAGAACAGGAAGAGACUCUCAAGAAUAUCCUCACCUCCUCGGGUUUCAGUAGUGCUGUUCCUACGGGACGCAUAAACCGCUCAGAGUCUGACAAAUUUAGAUCCGCUCCAAUACGUGCUACAAUCCCUGUCUCAGGAAACCAAAACCAGAACAAACCUAAAGUCUUAAUGAUCGGCUCUACCCCUGUUUGUUUCAAUUUUAAUAGCGGCCAUUGCAGGAACCAUGGCUCAGCUACAGGUUGCAAAGAUCAAAGAGGCCGAGAAUUUGCACAUCUGUGCAAUAAAUGGCUCGAUGCCAAGCAAGCUUACUGUCUAGGACGUCACUCCAGGGCGGCCUUUAGACACUGAACUACUACAUCCUUGAGCUUAUUGGUUUUCUUUAUAAAUCUCGUUCUAUUCAUUAUCAAUGUUAAUUUUUUCAAUCAUUUAAUCUCAUUAUGCUUAAUCGCUUAUAUGUUAAAUGUUGAGCUUAUUGGUUAUCUUUAUAAAUCUCAUUCUACUCAUUAUCAAUGUU